CACAUCGCCUUGCACCUCACCGCCGUUGACGGCGACGACGACAACAUCGACGGCGCCGACGGCAACAAAUUCUUUCCCGCCUAUAGGAACGACGUUACUAGUGGCACUACCGCCCUCGGGCCCGCCGCGCGACCACCAUGACCCAGGACAUCGAAACGAAGCCCAGCGAGGGUGUACGCAACUUGAAAUCGAGAUUUGAGAAACUCGCUGUCGAUAGUCCCGCCCCUCGCCCACAGUCUUUUCAUGCAGGAAUAUCUCCAGCCGCGCCGCUCUUGGAUGCCCAAGCAACGGCGCGCCCUACGCCUUCUCCCCUCGUGGAGAGCCCCAAUCCGAACGGACUACACGUGCGAAGCGCAUCACAUUCGCCAGAUAUGAGGGCCCUUAAGCGACCCCCACCGCCGCCUCCUGCAGGACGAUCGUCCAGACAUGUUACUCCAUCACCCAGCCCCUCGCCCGCGCCAUCUCCACUCCUUCAUCCCGUGGUGAUAGAAGCGCAACCUCCCCCGCUAGCGGAUGGCGACUCGGACCCGAUCGUGCGUUCGCCGAGCGUGGCGUCCGUCCGAAGUUUCUGGGAGGCAGGCCAAUCACCGCAGGCGUUGCCCGGGCAGGGGACGCAUACGCCAAGAGGAAGCAUCGCGGCGAUGGCAGAAGCAACGAUGUCUCCUCCGCCGACCAUCGCCAGACCUUCUCCCCCAGCAGUUGUAAGUUCCCCGCCUACCAUCAAGCCGCCCGUCUCGCCUAAGAAACCCCCUGUUCCACCGGUUCGGCGUAAACCUCCGCCGACGCCUCAACGAAUCUCGCCGAAUGCAAGUCCUUCCGACAGCGAUGAGGGUCCAUUCACACCCUCUGUGGCUCGGCCAUCUGCCAGUCCGAGCCGGCCGCGCAGAGAGGGCUCGCAUACUUCCAGUGGCAGUGACACCGGUGAAGCGUCAAAUGCGGCUGCUCAUCGCGCACCUCCCCCUCGGCCGCCCCCUCGGCACCGGGCUACUGUCCAAACACAAGAACCACCACAUACUCCUACCCCGCCUCCUCUCCCCAUUCGAAAGCAAACCGCUCCCGCCCCUGCAACACCAGUUGAAGAAUACUCGCAAAGACCGCCGGCAUCUCCCGCAUUGCCUCCCCGACCCCGUGCGGCGGGAGGUGCGCCCAUGAUGACGGAGGCAGAAAACUUUGACAAAAAGGGAUUGCAUAAGCUGCAGCCGCCGCCUACACGUACUAUAGCACUAGGCGACAAGCUGCCUCCCCCUCGUCGCGCAGCAUCCCCAUCAGAUGAAGAAGAGUCGAGCGAGGAGGAGUCGACAAGCGUCGACCCUGGCUUGGAUCUCCUUCCAGACAGCAGUCGUUCAUCUCGCCGCCCGCCUGUACUAUCUCUCCGCGAACCUGGCGCACCGCCUUUACGGGUUACUGUCCCCGCCUACAUCCAACCUGCCCUGGCAGGGAAGUUCGCCGUUGUCGCCAGCGGUAAUCAUGUUCGCGUAUACGACAUGUCAAUGUCGGACUCGCCAAUCAUCGAUCUCGGUAGCAAGGACUUCGGCUUGAAGGAGCUGAAGGCGACCGCUGCCACCUUUCGGGAUACUCGUCGUGUCUGGAUUGGCACGAAGGAAGGGCAUCUCUUCGAGCUGGACGUGCUUACCGCCAGUCUCACGGGGGCGCGCUUGGGGUCACACCUUCACGCUGUCUCGCAUAUCUUCCGCCAUGGCGAUCGUAUGCUGACGGCCGACACCCAUGGCAAGAUGCUGGUAUUCGCGCCCAACGAGCCGCUGACUGGUGGCGCGACCCCGCGAGUGGUCCGCUUCGCGGAGAAGCAGGACUUCGUACAGCUCCUCGGCGACAAGCUGUGGACUGCCAACCGUGCGGACCAGCACAACCACGGCUCGCCUUCGCGGUUGCCUAUCAUCCGGGUGUACGACAUCUUCAACCCGGCCGCGGCGGCUGGCAAGAGCUUACUGCCCAUCGAACACGUCGGCGCGGUCACGAGCGCGACCAUCAUCCCUUCGUUGCCGGACACGGUCUACAUGGGACACGAGGAGGGCUAUGUCAGUAUCUGGGAGCUGAAGACGCCGGACGGCCACCCGAAGUGCACGGAGGUCAUGAAGGUGUCGACGAACGAUAUUCUGUGUCUUGAGGGCGUCAACGAGAAGCUGUGGGUCGGCGGACGCGGAGGGAAUAUCUGCGUGUACGAUGUGGUGCCGAGGCCGUGGCUGGUGACGAACGCGUGGCUGGCGCAUCCGACGAUCUCGGUGCUGUCGCUGCAGGUGGACUAUCUGGGCAUGAACGAGACGAAGCGCUUGGUUGUGGCCUCUUGCGGGCGCGACGAGACGCUGAAGCUUUGGGACGGCUUGCUUGCUCAGGAUUGGAUUGACAACGAGCUGCUGACGCGCGAGUCGGAGUUCAGCACCUUCCGCGACCUCAACGUCCUCGUCGUCUCCUGGAACGUCGACUCCGCCAAGCCCGAGCAGCUCACCGGCACGCCGGCGAACUGCAACUUCCUCUCCGACGUCCUCGCCUCCGUCGACACGCCCGACAUCAUCCACUUCGGCUUCCAGGAGGUCGUCGACCUCGAGAAUCGGCGCGUCGCGGCGAAGAGCGUGCUGAUGAAUGGUAUCAAGAAGACCGCGGGCGCGAAGGAGCGCGACCGCGACGAGGAGGUGAUGCCGGUGCCGGAUAAGGUGUCGGGCGCGUAUAGACGCUGGCACGAUGCCCUGUCACUGGCGGUGCGGCUGGCGAUGCCGGCGGACUGCCCGUAUAGCGUGAUUCAUACGGAGAGUUUGGUCGGCUUGUUCAGCUUGACGUUCGUGAAGAAUAGCGAGCGGGUCGCGUUGAGGGAUAUGGCGGUUACGACGGUGAAGCGAGGAAUGGGUGGGAGGUAUGGCAAUAAGGGCGGCAUCAUCUCGCGUUUCGUCAUCGAGGAUUCCUCAAUCUGCAUGAUCAACUGCCAUUUGGCGGCUGGGCAGAACAAUGUGCGGGCGAGGAACGCAGAUAUCGCAAGCUUUUUGGAAGAGAAGGCUCUGUUCCCGACCACCGUCUUCCCUCUUGCGUAUGUCGGCGGGGGUGACGGGACAACUGUCCUGGACCACGAGAUCGUCUUGGUCAACGGCGACAUGAACUACCGCAUCGACAAUAGGCGUGAGGCUAUAAUCGCCGCCAUCAACGCUGGCGACAUCGAGAUGCUGCACAACCACGAUCAGCUCCUCAAGGAGAUGAAGUUCAACCGUGGCUUCCGCUUCCGCGGGUUCUCCGAAGGGCCGCUCAAGUUCAUCCCGACCUACAAGUACGACCGCCGCUCUGACGAAUGGGACACGUCGGAGAAGCGGCGCUCACCGGCUUGGUGCGACCGCGUCCUCUGGCGCUCUCGCGUGCCGACGCGGGUGCGGCAGCUGCACUACAAGCGGUACGAGCCGAAUGUGUCGGACCAUAGGCCCAUCUCUGCCGGGUUCACCAUUACGGUGAAGCGCAUCAUGCAGGAGCAGCGGCAGCAUGUGAAGGCGGAGGUCAUGAUCAAGUGGCAGGACGAGCAGGACCGUCUGCUCAUGACGUCGCGGCAGUUUUUCGCUCAGCAGGGCACCAACUAGCUUGGGCACCCACGAGCCUGUGAUAUACUGGCGCGCAUACGACAUAUUAUCUUGGACGAUGGACGCUGCUCUACAUCCCUUCUCGUCUUCCGUUUCGGAGGCUGGCCAGAACGAGUAAUGUGUACGAUUAUCUCUUCAUCCCAUUUUUUCUACUACGCCCACGGUCCUUUCUGCGCUUCUGUACUAGCAUACUGGAUGACUCUGUUUGGGUCAGCACUUGGCACACUGUAUAUUUGCACCUAUACCUGUAUAAUUGAAGACGGACUGUAGAGCAGCGAAGUUUACAAUGUCUAUUGAGAUAGAAAUUCCUUUACCUUGGAA